AUGACGGUUGGCCGGCGGAAGGCUGGAAGUAUGCGGGAGGCGAGGCGGGAGGACAUAAGUGGUGAAGAAGAGAAGGAAGAAAUAAGGAGGAAGAAGAAGAAGAAGAAAGAGAAGAAAGAGAGAGGAUGGCGGAAGAGAGGAGUCUCAUCAACAUCCAUCGUCGUCGCUGCUAGUCAUCGUUCAUUCGCCCCAAUUUACUCAGUUUCACAGCCAAUGCUUGCUACGUCUCUCAGAAACGCGUCCAGGAUGGCUACCGUUUGCUCCCCCUUCUCCAAGGCCGUCGUCAGGUGCAUGCAGAAGUUUUCUCUGACUCCUACUUAUUAUGCCCACUUGCUAACACCAGCUCUCGAAGUACUCCUCGAAGCACCGCUGAACAAACACCGCCGGCUCAAAAACUCCGUCCUCCUGGCCGUCGACCUCACAAAGGCCGUGGCCGAUGAAGCCAUCGCCAGAGGUGACUCCAUCAUCAUUGCAUACCCCGUCGAUGCCACCCCAGGUGCAAUGGCAGACUGGCUGUGUCAGUGUGCUGUGCCAUCUUCCGUCCAACCCCGUCCCUCAACCGAGACGAUGUAUCCUUCUCCCGACCCCCCAGCAGACCCGGAAUUCCAAGAUGCCGGCAUGGGAAGGAAAAUCACUUUCGAACAGCCUCUACCCUUGAACGACAUAAUAGACUCUAUUGCAAAGUCUGCUUUUCCUCAGUCUAAUGUUAUUGGCACCGACACAGAACAUACCGUGGGGUUCUCUAUAGCUAUACCCCAGGGAUCUUCAGUGUCAGAUAUCAUUAUUUCUUCAGUUGCAGCUUGUCCGGGCUCGGGGUCGUCGAUACUCAUGAAAAACGGAACUCCAGUGGCUGACUUGCUGCUCACCGGCGAGUUAAGUCAUCAUGAAGCUCUGGCUGCGAUAGAAGCUGGUUCGGUGGUGAUCACUCUCUCCCACUCAAAUUCCGAACGGGGGUUUUUACAGGGGCACAUGCGUUCGAACUUGCAUGAACGUUUGGCCCGGGAAUGGAGGGAAGCACGUACCAACAAUGAUUUGGGGAGGAGUGACAGCGAUGAAUCAGAAGUACAAGUGUUGAAGCAGAUCUUUGCCGAUGACAGUGUAUGUAUUGAUGUUAGUCAGUCAGAUAGAGACCCAUACCAGGUAGUCUGCUGGCAGAACGGGAGGGAGGCGUGA